AUGGCGGACCAACUUAAUACGGAGAAGAAUGACUACGCACCACGAAUCAACUUCGUUCUCGUCGACACGAGCGAGGUCCACCCAGUCUGGAACGAGCUCGCUGUAUCACAAGUCGAGGCAGAGAUCGCAGCCAAACGAGCACAGGGCACAGCAACAGCUACUGGUGAUAACACAAAUGUCGGUCCGUUUCAGCUCGGUAUAUCUCCAGAGGCAAUGAGAGGCCCCAAGGUCAAACCAUGGAAGGAACUUACCACUGGCGGCAAAGCCAUGCGAGUCACUGCUCGUGCGAGCAAUCUGACUGUCAUAUUAAUCGGAGCCGGUCUCUCUGCUGUACUCGUUUACGCACUGGCAACUGAACUCUUUGCAAAAAAUUCUCCAACGGUGAUCUACGGCGAGUCAUGCGACCGGAUCCGUUCCUCUCAUGAGCUUGCUCGAUUCCUCAUUCCACCAUACAAAUUCCACAACAACCCGCCCUCGACCUCAUCAUCCCCUCCUCGCCAUCGAAACCGCCACAUUUCGUCCCAAGUGGCUAUCGAUAGUUCCGGCCGAGAGCAUUUAUUCUUACAUUUUUACUUGGACAGUACCGCUCCCAGUAAUACACGAACCUCUUCGCCAUCCUGGUUUGACUCGGAUUGGAACUUUUCUUACCAAGAAGCUGCUCAUUGGUUAAAAAGCCAGAUUGUUUGUGGAGUCGAUGCCUGUCGAGCUUCAAGUGCGAGCGGUGAUCGCACCGAAAUAGGAAAAUCAGGUGGAGAAGGCGCGUGGAGCUUUGCUGGGAUCUUUUCAUCGUUGAAAGGCAAGACCCGGGGUCUUGGUGGCGAGACGGACAAGGAGCGGGGGUUAUACACCAGUGGAGAAGUGCAUAUUGAUUUGGUCAAGGACGACAAUGGAAUAUACCAAUAUAGAUACAUUUUGGUGGACAUCCCUAGCUCGCGAUCAUACAAACAUAAACGAGUAUUCGUAGAACGGGACUCAGCCGUCCGAGAUGGUGAUAACAUUGUCAUGUGGGAAUCAAAUUGA